AUGCCUUACACACCUCCUUCACAUCGAUCUCCAGCUUCCUCAGCAUCGACUUCACCUAAUGUGAGCCGACGUUCAUCACUUCAAACAGGGACUCGACCCUCCCUUCCCCGAUCUGCCUCGUAUCUCCUCAAGCACCGUCGAACACCCUCAGCAUCAGCAGUCAGCGAUGGAUCGACCGGCACCCUAACCCCCCAAGGCACGUCGGAGGAUCUGAAGAGCAUGGUGUCCAACCUGUCUUCAGCGGUGCGGCAGUCACCACCCCCCGUCACCGACGACCGCACAAUGCCCAUGGGUGCCAUCAUUUCCCCACCCGACUCGGCCUCGUCUGGUAGCGACGAUGAGGGAACUCUCAAGAUACGAGGGAGGAAGCUCGAGAAGCUGAGAGACGCAGCCAGCCAGAUCCCCCAACAAAGGACACCAUCUCCCGAGCGCAACCACGCCGAUCGCUCCGACUCUGCCAACCGAAAUGGCGUCCACUUCAGCUUCAGCACAAGUGCGCUGGGCGACCUGGGCAAGCCUGGCCGAAGGAUGGGCCAUGUUCGUUCGGCCACUGAGCCUCAUGCUCAAGUUGCCAAGUCGGCCGACAACUCGUUGACGGCCUCUGACGAGGAGUCGGACGAUGACUUGCGCAAGAAGCCGCAAAUGGUGCGAAAGAAGUCGGGUGAGUUGGUACGACCCGCUCUGCGGCCACCGUCCCGCCGGCGUCCUUCUAGCAUGCCCGGCACUCCCAUCUUCUCCAAGGCUGUUCACUUCGACUCUCACUUGGAACAUGUUCGUCACUUCCUCCAGGUUGAUCGUCCCCUUGCUGUCAGUGCUGGAUCGUCACCAGUCGAGAACUACGAUAGCGACACCGAGUAUCCAUUCCCUUCAGAAGAUAAAACAAGAUCCCCUCCUUUUGAGUGGGAGAUUCUCACUUCCAACUUCCCCCAGGAUAGCCCCGCACGCAAAGCUCUCCCGGUUCGCCUUGAGAAGGUGUGGUUGUCCGCCGACCAAAAGACCCUCCAUGGCUCCAUUGCCAUCAGCAAUCUGGCCUUCCAGAAGGCAGUCACCUGCCGAUUCACUCUCGACUACUGGAAGACCACAUCAGAGGUUGCUGCCGAAUUUGGCCACGAGAUUCGUCCUCGUGAAACCCCCCUUGGCCAUGACCGGUUCACCUUCUCCAUCAAGCUGGCCGACACAGCCAACUUGGAGUCGAAGACGUUGUUCUUCUGCAUUCGCUAUGCUGUCAAUGGGCGAGAGUACUGGGACAACAAUGACUCUCGCAACUUCCAAGUCGACUUCCGCAAGAAGCACCUUGCCCAGAACGGGAAGAACAACUUCCAGGGCGCCUCGGGCCGAUCGCACAAUGGCCUGCCGCGGAGUAACCGACGCGGCGCCAACGUGCCCCGACCCAAGUCGAUGCCCAGCUUUGGCGAAUUUGAGAAUGAUGCCAAGUUCCUCGAUCAACCCAUCCACGAGUACUUGGGGGAGUCUGCAUCUGGGUCCACUGGUCUUCGCUUGAAGACCAAGUCCACCAGCAACCUCGCCAGCGACAACAUGUCUAACGGAUUGGGAUCCCCUAGUGGAUUGGCUUUUGCGAACCGAUACGACUUUGGUGCAUCUCUCAACGCCGCCGUCAAGGCUGCCAAAGACACCGUCAACAAGGACAAGGACGGGCUUUACAUGAAGGCCAACGUCCGCAGUGCUAAGCCCGCUCCUCCGGUCCCUUCCGCCCCGCUUCCUUUGGCGACUCCUUCUACUCAGAAGGCCCCGAGCCCGAGUGCGGCUUCGACUCCCACCCUACCAAGCUCAUCGUACGAAGAGCUUGUUAACAAGUACUGCUUUUUUGGUUCAAAGCAGUCGAGUCCCACCCUCAGGGAUGGCACGAUGAACAGUGGGCGAUUCGAUGGGACUUCUGGAGACCAUGCCGGCCGAGCGACGAGAAGCCUGACCACAUCCCCCCAGAUCUACCAGCAUGCUGGCUCAGCGACUCACCACACCCUCCAACUUGGCAGCUCCGGUUCCGUCUUCCGACCUAUCACCUAUAACCCCUCAUCGAUUGUUUUACCAACUAGGGAUAUUACCCUGGUAAAGGCGGCGAGCAACCCUUCGACGCCGAGAACUUCUGCCGCCGCCGCCGCAGCGGCAACUUCUUUCACCACAUUUGAUGGCACACCCCCAAGCGACACUUCGUAUCCGCUAUCGAUGGAUCGAUUUCCUUGGGCGGGAGAUGCCCACGCAGCCACAGCCAUCAGAGGAUAG